GUGGGUGGUCUCAAUGGUUCCAGAGCCAAGCCCCACCAUCUUAUCAGCUGCUGCGAGCCUCGUUGAGGAAACAUUCCUAGAAAGAAGAAUCGAGGUGAAGAAAAUUCUUAGCUGACUCGUAAGCUGAAAGUUCUUGGAUACAAAAAAACUUAAAAUGAAGGUGUUCAGUCAGACAAGUAGUCGCCGGCUUGCCACGAUUCCUGACCAGAGUUCCAUCCUCCGAUGAUCCAACACCUGUACGAGUCCGAGUCGCAAGGCUCCAGCCCACCAACGCCCCUUCACAAGACCGAGCUUCCCAGACAACCAAAAGCCACUGCCGUUUCCCCAGCUCUUGGCAGACCUUUGCGGUUCGACGUUGAAAUGAGAAAACAAUGCGAAGAGGCAGCGGGCCUUUGGCUGCGACCUUCUCUGUUGUCUCCCACCGCAUUUUCCAAAACAGUUAGACAUACAUGAUCACGAGCCGCGGCCAAGGCCAACAUUACAGCCCAAGCCGUCAACUAACGACACAUCGUUUCCCUUCUGACCGUCACAGCACAGGUCCCAUUCAUCAGCCGCAAGCCGGGGUCCCUCUUUGUCCCCUCCUACCUAAUAACUCUCAGUCCGAAGUGUGAUCCUCACACAUGGCGCAGUCAAGGGUACAGCAGCAGCUGCUGCUGUGUAACGACAGAGACCGACCCCCAGGGCUGAUGGUUUAAAAUGAACCGAGUUCCCCCCUUUUUCCCCAGGAGAACUGGAAUUGAGUUUCUUUUCUUGUCUCGGAUCCUGUUGGUUGAUGCAAAGAACACCGUCGUCACCGUUGCUACCUGAUUACCUCUCGUACUUAUCCCGUACACGACAUCUCUACGUAACGUUGCCCACCGGAUCUGAUAUCGAACACAUCAUGUCUCACCAACCCACCGUCAUCAAGGAAGGAGAGUGGCAAGAUGGCCUCUGUGGAUGUUGCUCUGGUGGGCACUUCUGGAUGGGGUGCUGCUGCCCUUGUAUUCUGGUGAACAAGACUCAUGAGCUUCUCGAGAACCCCUCGAACCCUUCACCUAGCGGAUGUGGCAUGUGGGGAUGUGCCUGGUGCGGCUUGAACUUUUGUGGCGGCUGGGGAUGGAUUCUCGAAUGCCUUCAGCGUGGAGAGGUCCGAUCCAAGCAUAGAAUCGAGGGAAGCGGGUGCACCGACUGUCUUGUCGCCUGCUGCUGCCCUUGCUGCGGUGUGAUCCAGUCGCACAAGGAAGUGGAGAAGCGCAGGGACGCGAUGCAGGGAGGUGUGCCGGACAAGAUGGGCUAUCAGGGACAGGCCCCCAUGAGGGCUUGAACUCCCUGAAUAGACGCAACAGCGCCAUGGCAAAGGAGAGACAGAAUGCUUGUGCGAAUUAGUUGUAGUUUGGGAGGGAGUAUUAUGAUACCAUCAUCUUUAUUGCUAGCAAAUACAAACAUUGACUUUAAGACCAU